AACUAUUGCCAGGCUCGUUGCCAAACAUUAGUCUUAAUAGGGGCAUACAAAAUGCAUAAAGGAGGGGCGAGGGCACAAUUACCCAGUUCCUAUAAUUUGAAUAAGUGUACAGUAAAUUUCAUUUCCGCAGCACAUAAUCAAUAUGUCUGGGGCAUCAUUAUUAUUAUCAUUAUUUUGCUUUUAUUAUUAGCACUAUUAUUAUUAUGACUGAAAGGCAACAAACGCUAGGUGACACUCGGGAGCCACUACGAAAUUUCCAUUUGCCAGAUGUCAUACUUCUAUUUGGCCACUUAGUGUCGCUCAAUCUUUAAAGGCAACCAUGCGGAAGCAGUCCAUUGGGCUUUCAGUGUAGGUCAGGUGCCAAGAGAAAGGUGAUUGGUUAAUGAGCCGCCAUCCUAUUCUCUGAUUGGCCAGAAAGGUGUUGAGAGGCGGUAAUGAUAGCAGAGGGAGCGGAGAAGCUUCACACCAUCCGUGAGCCGUGUGUUCGCAUCAGUGGACGUCCGCUUCCUUCUUCUACCACGAUGGGGAUGUGAGUCUACCAGUGGAAUUCUGACUUGAGCAUCACUGGGAUUUGGUUCAUAUUAGCCGGAUAAUGGCAGAGGACAGCAGGAUGAUUAGUGGGGCCAUGGUGGCCACUUUUACAGCGGGUUUUCUGUGUCUGAGCACUUCAGUGUGGGCAAUAGAAGAUACAGUGAUGGACACAAGAACAGCAACAGCUGAGCUGGGCUGGAUAUCAUUCCCUGCAAAUGGAUGGGAGGAGGUGAGUGGCUAUGAUGAGAACCUCAACACCAUCAGGACUUAUCAAGUUUGCAAUGUGUUUGAGCCCAGCCAGAACAACUGGCUCCUCACCACAUACGUUGACAGACGGGCAGCGCUGCGCAUCUAUGUAGAAAUCCGCUUCACUGUACGAGACUGUGCCUCCAUUCCCAGUGUCCUCGGUUCCUGCAAAGAGACGUUCAACCUUUACUACUUGGAAACAGACAGGGCUGUGUCAGAGGCCAUCAGAGGGAUGGAAUACUGGGCAAAUGCCCCCUUCCUAAAGGUGGAUACCAUUGCAGCGGAUGAGAGUUUCUCUCAAGUUGAUUUUGGUGGGAGGUUGAUGAAGGUCAACACAGAAGUUCGAAGUUUUGGACCACUCUCCAAAGGAAAAGGGUUCCAUCUGGCUUUCCAGGAUCUUGGAGCCUGUAUGUCCCUACUUGCUGUCAGGGUUUUCUACAAAAAAUGUCCCAGCAUUGUUCAAAACUUUGCUUACUUCCCAGAGACACUUACUGGAGCAGAAUCCACAUCACUUGUCAUUGCCAGGGGAAAUUGUAUCCCCAACGCAGAGGAAGUAGAUGUACCUAUAAAGCUUUACUGUAACGGUGACGGCGAGUGGAUGGUGCCCAUUGGUAGCUGCAGCUGUAAAGCGGGUUAUGAACCAGACAGUGAUAACCUGUGCCGAGCUUGUCCACAGGGCACCUUUAAAUCAACCCAGGGACCUGGAUUAUGUGCCCAAUGUCCUCUUAAUAGCCGGUCCACCAUUGAGGCGGCUUCCCUCUGUGGUUGUCGGAAUGGUUACUAUCGUGGUGACAUGGACAAACCGCAAGACUUAUGUACCAGUGUCCCUUCUGGUCCUCGCAACUUAGUCUCAGUUGUUAACCAGACAUCAGUGCAACUUGAAUGGCAUCCACCACGUGACAUUGGGCAUCGCGAAGACCUGUCCUAUAACGUGUUGUGCCACCGGUGUCACAGCAGUGAGCGACGCGUGUGUCAGCCAUGUGAGGACAGUGUGGCCUAUGUACCAGGCCGGCGGGGUCUAAAAGUAACAAAAGUGGAAAUCAGCAAUCUGCAGGCCCACACAUCAUACACCUUUGACAUCCAGGCAGUCAACGGUGUCUCCAACAAGAGCCCUUAUCCCGCCCAGCAUGUGUCAAUCAACAUUACUACCAACCAAGCUGCUCCUUCAGUUGUUCCUAUCAUGCACCAAGUGAGCUCCACAAGCCGCAGUUUCUCAUUGACGUGGCUGCCUCCUGAACACCCCAAUGGAAUAAUCCUCGACUAUGAGAUACGAUACUAUGAUCAGUCUCAGCCUCCACUGUCAAACAGUUCAACAGUUGAGAGCGAGACCCCAAGUGUGAUUUUGGAAGGGCUGAGGCCGGGCACUGGCUAUGUGGUUCAGGUGAGGGCCCGCACUGUGGCUGGCUAUGGAGCCUAUAGCAAAGAGAUGCUAUUCCAAACACUCACUGAUGAUGAGUUCAAAUCAGAGCUAGGACAACAGCUCUCGCUGAUUGCAGGCUCCUUAGUCGGUGGAGUGUGUAUUGUCUCUCUGGUAGCCAUUGCCAUCAUUUGUACCAGAAGGAGGCAAUUGAAAGAGAGUGUGUAUGGUGACAAGCUGCAGCAGUACAAUGCAGGGGGAGAGGUGACCCUGAGAACUGACAUGUUUAGUGGUCCUGCCCCCACGGUGACCUUCCCGACACUCUCUGAUGGUCACAGUUCACCAGGAGUCAAGAUAUACAUUGACCCUUUCACCUAUGAAGACCCCAAUGAGGCUGUCCGAGAGUUUGCCAAGGAAAUUGACCCUUCAUGUGUCAAGAUGGAAGAAGUAAUUGGCUCAGGUGAGUUUGGUGAAGUGUACAAAGGCCGCCUGAAACCUGUAGGGAAAAGAGAAAUUCCUGUUGCCAUUAAGACCCUAAAGGUGGGCUACUCUGAGAGGCAGCGUCGGGACUUUCUUUCUGAGGCCUCGAUCAUGGGCCAGUUCGACCAACCAAACAUCAUUAGGCUGGAAGGAGUGGUGACCAAGAGCAGACCUACAAUGAUCAUAACAGAAUUCAUGGAGAAUGGAGCUCUCGACUCAUUUCUCAGGCAAAAUGAUGGGCAGUUUCCAGUGAUCCAGCUAGUUGGUAUGCUGAGAGGCAUCGCAUCUGGAAUGAGGUACCUGGCGGAGAUGAGUUACGUUCAUAGAGACCUGGCUGCUCGGAACAUCCUAGUUAACAGUAACUUGGUGUGUAAGGUGUCUGACUUUGGCUUAUCUCGGUAUCUGGAGGAGGAUACUUCGGAUCCUACUUACACAAGCUCACUGGGUGGUAAAAUCCCAGUACGGUGGACAGCCCCAGAAGCGAUCGCCUAUAGGAAGUUCACAUCAGCCUCAGAUGUUUGGAGCUAUGGGAUUCUCACCUGGGAGGUGAUGUCAUACGGAGAAAGGCCUUACUGGGAUAUGAGUAAUCAAGAUGUGAUAAAUGCCAUUGAGCAGAACUUCCGGCUGCCAGCUCCCAUGGACUGUCCAACUGUUCUCCAUCAGUUGAUGUUGGACUGCUGGCAAAAAGACAGAAACGCUCGACCAAAGUUCCCCGAUGUUGUCAACAUGUUGGACAAAAUGAUCCGCAAUCCUGCAUCCCUCAAAGCUGGCACCAACAAUGUUGUGCUAGGUCCUUCCCAUCAUCCUUUGUUAGAUCGCGGUGCUCCAGAUCUGAGCCGUUUAAACUCUGUGGAGGAAUGGCUGGCUGCACUUAAGAUGACUCAGUACAGAGAUUCCUUCCUGCGAUCAGGCUUUACCUCUUUGCCACUCGUCACUCAGAUCACUGCAGAAGAUCUCCAGAGGAUCGGAGUGUCUCUAGCUGGACACCAGAAGAAAAUCCUUACAAGUGUUCAAUCAAUGAGGCAUCAUAUCGAUGACCAGUCUCCGACUGAAUCUGUAUAAUCGAACAUUCACAUUGGUUGGUUUUUAAAGUGUUCAGGCAAGGCAGAUGUACUCUAAUUUUUCACGUGCGUAUACAACCCAUCCCUCUCCUCACCAAUCACUGUUCAGAAGCAGCUCCUUUAUUUAGCUGCCGAGAUCGAUUUCGACUUAAUGCCUCACGGAAGUGAUUAAAUGCACAUUUGCAAGAGCCAAUGCAAGGUCAGCAUGCUCUUUAAGUGGUGAAAAAAUGACAAGUAUCUGCUCUUUACAAGACCUGAUCUGCUCUGACCUUAUGGACUACGUUCAUGAAAGCCCAUUUCUACCCAUCCAUCAAGAAGGCAGCCUUUACCAACUUGACAGUUUGAUUCAAGGACAGUUUGGCUGAUGGCCCACCUUGAGUGGCCAUCAUAUGGACACACUAAAUUGGGCAAGGAGACAUUUCUCGAAAAUAUAUUGUGUCCAAUAAACCUAUGAAGUCGUUCUUGUGUUAAAAACAAAAAAUAUUUCAAAACACUACUACUACUUGAGUUCAGGAGAGCCCAUGGUUAAGUGAGACUGUGACAAUUUCAUCUUCAUAUUGAAGAGACUGUACAUAUUAUAAUAUGAGGUGUUUAUUGCCUAUCUACAAAUUUCUUUCAUGACUGUGAUUGUGAUUCGUGUUGUUCAAAAAUUGCUUCUUUCCCAUUUUGAUGAAACUAAAGUCCAGAGUAUCAACAAACAUUUUUUUUUACAUUUUCCUUGUUACAAUCAGUAAUCCCACAAGAAGAUCACGUCUUCCAUCCAAAGGGUUUGCAACACCUGCCCUACUUAGAUAACGGAUUUGAAGUACUAGAAACGAUGGAAUGUGUCUACAUUGCAGUGAGUGCCCAGAUUGUUGCCAGUAAUCGGAUUCUAAAAGGAUUAUUCAUAAAAGCUUCAUGCAAACAUAACCAUUUACAGAAAACAAUACCAAAAUGCUAAUCCAUUACGUUAGACAAGACAAUUACUCUUUCAACUUCCAACUGUCACUUCUGGAAAGCCUAAUUAAGUUUGUUGUCUCUUCCUGUUUUAUUUUGUAAUUGCCUUAAUUCCUCCUCAUUUCUGGCAACUUGCUCUUCCUCUGUGUUUCUUGAUUGCCGUCCCACCCUGAUUGUUUCCACCUGUUCGCCAUUACUCUGUGUGUAUGUCUAAUCUGCCUCUCCCUUUGUCCUGUCACUUUGCUCGUCUCAUCUGUAUGUCAGAGCCUAGCCUAAGGGGCAGUUUACAUGGUGACGCUGCGGCACCAAGACGCAGCAAUUAUGUUGCGCAAUGGCUUCGCCGUUAUCUGGUGACAGCGACAACAAAAGGCAAAGACGCAAACCUUUUAUUCCGGGCUCCAAAGGGGAAGGAUUCGAUUGCGGGGCUUGCUUUGCAAAAGGAAAGCUCUCGCACCGAUAACGUCAGCACUCGCACAUGUCACUUUGGGCGUGCGCAGUGCUGCUAUUACGGCUUUAAUUUACUGUUUUUAAUAAUAUAUAUUUUUUAUAUAAAUACAGUGGUACCUCUACAUUUGAAGUAAUUCGUUCCAGGACCUUGUUUGUAAGUCGAAAUGGUUGUAUGUCGAGGAGGAUUUUCCCAUAAGAAUACAUUAUAUUUCAGUUCAUUCCACAGCACGAAAACCUACACUAAAUCCUUAAUAAAUACUGAUUGUACUAUUACAAAUGGCAAUUACACAUAGCGAAACAAACAAACAAAAAAAAGAAUAAAAAUCGGAAUGAUAAUAUAAUAAUUAGGGCUGUCAAACGAUUAAAAUUUUUAAUCAAGUUAAUCACAGCAUAAAAAUUAAUUAAUCGUAAUUAAUCGCAAUGAAAAACAUCUCUAAAAUUUGCCAUAUUUUCUGUAAAUUAUUAUUGCAAUGAAAAGAUAAGACGGAUGUAUACAUUCAACAUACUGUACAUAAAUACUGUAUUUGUUUAUUAUAACAAUAAAUCCACAAGUUAGCAUUAACAUUUUCAACAUUCUUUCUGUGAAAGGGAUCCACGGAAAGAAAGACUUGUAAUUCUUAAAAGAUAAAUGUGAGUAAAAGUUACAGUAAUUUUGAUAGUUUGUAUAUUGUGACUAAAUAUUGCCAUCUAGUGUAUUUGUUGAGCUAAACGAAAUGUUUGAAUAGAGUUUGACCAGUGUCUGAUUUUGCAUUGCUAUUUUUAUUGGGAAUGCCAGUUCUCUUUGCAUUGAGCGCUUUUCUUUUUGUAAACAUUUUUUUUUUUGAGAGAGAUAGGAAUAUUAUUUUUGUUGUGCUUUCUCUAAAUGGUACUGUAGCGACUCAACUGCCAAAAUGCAUGAUGGGAAGUUGGGCAACCAUGACUGUCAGUGGUGGCUGCAAAUGGUAUAUCUUCUCUGCGUUGUGUUCAAUAAAAACAGGGUGUUAAGAAAACGCUCUUCUGUCAUCCUUCCCCUCAUCGCUUGCCACAAUAGUUACAAUUGUUGUGGAAGAGAUGCCAAAGCUUACACCAAUAAAUAGCGCGGCUCCAAUGAGUGCCUAUGUCCACUCCACGCGCUUGUCUCUGCCUCUUAGCUCUCAAUAUACAUAAAACGGCGCCAGUGUAGUUUGUCCGCGGCAAUGCGUAAGUGGGUCGUUCCGCGCAUGCGUUAAAUGCGUCAAAUAUUUUACGUGAUUAAUUUUAAAAAAUUAUUACCGCCCGUUGAUGCGAUAAUUUUGACAGCCCUAAUAAUAAUAAUACUAAUAAAUCCUGUAACAAUGUAACGAAUCGGGUUCUAAUGUGGCGGGCGUUUUUUGCUGUACCUGAACGCACCGCGUAGCUGACGUGACGAUAAACGUGACGUGAGAUCGAGAGUGCUGUUCUAUUUUACUUCCUCUUUUAAUGUUUUGUUGCUGGCGUAAACUGUAGUGGACAGUAGGCGUGCUGUGUUGCACAAGUUGAUGGAAUAAAUUGUUAGAAACCUGACAAAGCUUGCGAUUUCUUUGGCAAUAUUAUCACAAUAAUAACUGUCACCUUAACAUCCUACGGUCGUAUUGUCGAGUUCACUGAUGCACACACCAUGCUCAUAUUUUUCUCUCAUCUUCAUUUUAAUGGUAAGCGUCACCUUUUCCUUUUUCCCCCACUUGCACCAACCUUCUUGGAAACAGUGUUGACUUCUCUCGCAAGAAAAUCCGCUGUGCAUCCGUCUUCCGGCAAAACAAAAAAACUGCGGCGCUGUCGUAAAUCGUCGUAUUUUGAGCAUUUCGUCGGAUUUAGAAACAAAUGGCAAGUCAAAUUUUACGUCGGAUGCUGAAAAGAUCGUGUGUCGAAGCUAUCGUAUGUCGAGGUACCACUGUAUGUUUAAUGUUUGCAUUUUUGUGCCUCAAAAGAAAAAUGCCAUUGCUUGGCGUGGGCGGGUAUGCUGUCUUCCGGUCUGAGGAGGUUGUUGGUGUUAAAGAAGUACAUCAUUGGCUGUUGCCUUGUAAAUUUGCACUGCCCCCUAGGGCCUGGCAUGAAUGCUACAUCGUUUUCGCGCUGAAUUGCGACAUCGUUCGAAUGGAGACGGAACCAAAUAAAUGCACACGUGAAAUUUGUCGUAUUCUCGAAACGUCACCAUGUAAACGGUGAGACUAGUUAUUCCACACCAUACCUAAUCAAAUAUCCACAGACAUUGUCUGUGGAUAUUUAUAUGUUUGUUACUUUGCAUUUUGGUUAGGAGAACAGUUUUUCCUCUUACAAGUAAAUUUUUAAUUAUAUUUUUUAAUACUUCAUCCAUUUAAACUUUAAACAAUGGGACUUUUCUGAGUAGUGUGUUAGUUUUGUGACACCAACAGUCCAGAGUAGGCUUUGUUGGUCAUGGAGCUGACUCUGCCCCAUAGCAUAAUGCAAUAUCUUCUUGUUAACCCCAUCAAACGUCUUUGUGACUGCAAAGGAGACUUGACAUUUUUUGUCUGUUAAAAAGUGUGAAGUGACUAGUUUUAAAGAGGUUUUGUGUGUGCAUUGCUGAAAAUCUGGGUUUUGUCAUGUGCCACUGACUGCGUUUACAUGUAUACGUUUAUUCUGAUACUUAGAGGUAUCUCGCAACAACACUUGAAAAUGACUUGUUGAAAAGGUUCAGUAUUCACACCGUGACAACCGAACUUUCUGAGUCGUAUCACUUGGACAAAAGGCAUACUCAUUGAUUGGUCAAAUUUAGAUGAGGAAAUACCUCCUUCCUGGGAAUGGAGGGAGCUGUGACGCUGCACGUAAUGUAGCAUAAGCACACCCUGCUCCGCUUGCAUUCACAAUCGAAGCAGGGUGCACUUGCACGAUUUUUGAGUGGACCAGAGUUUGUUUGGUCCGAACUACAGUUCGGAUACAUGUUCACAUUUAUAAAACGAAGCAGACAAUCUGAGAAAAACAACUCCUGUCUGUUUAAAAAGGACCAAACAGCGCUAGUGUGAAUGCGCCCGAAAAGUGUGAUUGAAAUAAAAAUGCUUCAUGUACACACCCCUUUUGUAAAUAUUCUGACCACAUCAUGGCCAUUCCGAUCAAGUUUUUACUCUGAACGAAAUGGGUGGUUUAUGUCUGUUUAUAAUCCAUUCAUUCGGCUUGAAAACACACAGAAAAUACGGUCUCAGUAUACGCAUUUGUUAUUCCCAGAAGCUAGUAGAAGCAGAGCAACCGAAAGACAUGGUGGGCGCAAGACUGAACCUGAGGUCUGCUUCCAAGACAAAUACUUUGCUUGAGAUAUUAAAAGAUCUUAAAAUUAUUUUAAAACUUGGUGGUAGAAAAAUGGGGAAAAUAUGCAACAUAACACCAACAUUUAUAAUAGAAAUGGGUGGAGUUUGUUGUUUUAUCUGGUUUGUUUUGUUGGCACAAUUUGUUAGGGCUUCUUCUUGUACUACUACUACAGUAUAUUUGGUUAAUCUGGGCAUGUCGAAAUAAUUUGUUUCGACCGAAAGUGUGAUGUAUGAACACACAAGUCCUAAUUGGAUCAAUAUUUUAGUUUCCAUGUAAACGAAGUCACUGUUCUUCGCAGCUUUUGGUCAUUUCUUUAUGAGCGUGAUAAUGUUUUGCAAAUUUUUGACUCACUCCAUUUUUCCACUCAACUCUAGAAAAUAUUGAGUGAUUCUUGAAAGUUACAUAGACUGAGAACUUCAGUGGUCCGUCUCUUCUGAGGAAACAAAUCCUGCAUUGGUUCAAGGGUUUACUAACAAUUUGAAAUAAGGUACCAAUAAGCUCACAAAAAUUAUGUAGAGCAUUGUGACUUGCUUGUUUUUCUCUCUUUAAAACAUUAAUUUUCAAUGAACCUACGUAUGUCACAGUGAUGUUGACAUAAAACAAGGGCAAUAUUUUUGCUUUCAUAGAAGUAACAGAAUAUCUCAGGAAUAUGGUGGGUGAGUUUUGUUGGAGUGGAAAUGUGAUCUUUAAUUGGUAAUUCCUGCUCUUUUAAUAAUGCAGCUUGAAAAUUUUCAGAUUCCAUCAAUCCACCUAAACACCCACAAAACAAGUCUUUUGCCUUUGACUUUAAGGCAGAAUUGAUACUUUAGGGCUUUACCAAAACUCCUUAUAUUUCUUUUCUUUCCACAAGUCUUAAAAUAGCACAAAACAACAUUUUUGAAUGACAUUUUAAUUUUCGCAGUUUUACUGAAGCCAAUAGUUGAUCUGCUUUCAUGAAUGUCAAAAAUUUAAAAGUUACAAAAAUGAUAGCUGCAAGCCAAAAUAUAAUUUAUUCAAUGGACUAAGUACAUAACCAUAUUAAAUCAUCUGUACUAUAUUACAGAAUUACUCGCAGAAAAAAGUUCAAACAACUCAUACCAGGAUUUGUGAACUGAAUAACAAAAAAAAAGUAACAAUAUUAAUAAUUAAAUUAAUGAAACAGCUUUUUUUCUUACAACUUACAAUUAAAUUUUAAUGAAAAUGUCAUGCACAAGAGCGUGGGUUUGGUCUCGACAUUGGUAGGGACGCUACAACAGCAUAACCUGCACGUAUUAUACAUUUUUUGCUUGGGACAAGACAUUAAUAACACCAAACAGAUUAGGUGAACCAGGGUCAGGGCAACAUUUCACACGAAUAUGCUGAUGCGUUUCCUAUGUAAAAAUGAAAAAAGUUAAAAUUAUUUGCAUGGGAGAAAGUCCUUUUUCAAAAUAGGGUAAUUCCCCAUUGCUUCAUAUAAAGGAAAUUUACAGUGGUUGUUUUUUGGGGGUGCGGGGGGAGAUACUACUUAACCUAUACAUGGAACUACUUCUUGGCCUACAUUGUCCUUCACCACAAGAGUAAUACAACUCAAUUGGUUGUCUCUUUCAUCUGCUUUUCCCUGAUUUUCAUCUCUAAAGUGCAAUUAUGGAAAAACAAUUCUCAGUCAGGAUUAAACUUUUUAUCUUGAUUAUGAUUAAUGUACGAUUAUCUCAAAAUAGUGUCUGCAUAAGCUGCAAAUAAAAAUGUUUUUAAAUAAAUAAUGUAGAAAACAAAUGAAUUCAUUUUAAUUAAUUAAUGACUGCACUAAUAGGUAUUUGGUUUCAAAAGUGUAAAGUCACAAGAUGCUCUAGCUUUCUUUCCUCUUAAACCAGGAUGUUUACAAUAAGAAAAGAAGCAGCAUGUGUAUUUUUUUGACUAUCAACACUUUCCUGUGAAACACAGACUGUGUCCUGGGACCUCUCCUUUACUAAUUAGCGUCUUGCUCACGCUUUGCUGGAUCUAUAGUUACCAGGAUAGUUCACUACAUUUCAAUUCAGUACAAUUAACCAUAACAAUCGAAAAGACACUGCAAAUUUAUAAUUAGACCAUGAAUCAGAUAGCUAUUUUUCUUAUUUCAUGAAAUCUGAGUCAAAUUUACUUGAAGCACUGGCAGAUAAUCAUUUAUUUCUCGUAGAUUUUUACUGAAAACAAGGGAAUUUAACUCGUUUUGAGGAAGUGUAUUUUUGCAGUGUACUUGAGUUUCGCAGAUUAACAAAUUCACAGUUUAAUUGCUAUGCUAUGCUAAUCUGAUGCAAAUCGGACUGUCAGUAGCAAAAUUAAGGGGCGUGUUUGCCACCAUCCACAAUAUUGACGUCCGUUUACAUUACUUAACAGUGGCUGCUGCUGCUGCUGCUGGUAGCCGAAAAUCACUCCUAAUAUCCCUCCUCCUCAAAGUGGGAGGAGGAGGCGGCACGUAUUUCCGUCAAGGUUGGGUUGGGUGUGUGCAUUUGUGUUGGGAGGGAGAGUAACAAGAGGGUCUAGUCAUCAGCUAAUCAAACGUGCGUUUGAUGGGGGGGGAAUGGACUGGUACAUUCAGCAAGAAAAAGAGGUAAAUAUAAAUCUGAACAUAAGAAUAAUUCAUUUAAUAAUAGUAGGGUCAACUCUAUCCAUACAACAUAUGGAAAGACAGUCUAAAUGACCUAUACAACUGAUGCCAUGAUAUAAUGCAAAUAAGAUUGCUUAAAAGCUGUUGGGGACAAUUUCAGCCUCCUGUAAAGUUUUUUUUUUUGUCCGUACCGUCCCUAUGCAAACCUACGCCCUUGGUCAUGCACCUUAAAUUUUAGUGUAAACCCAACCCAGCACAUAUUGUACUUAAAUGUUAUUUUUGGAAAAUAACAUUUUAAGUUUUAAUGCCUGAUUUCCAGAAAUUUUUGCGGAUUGAUGAUUGACAUUUGAAGAUGUUGUUGUUACUUUUGCUGUUGUAUAACAGCACGUUUGACCCGAAAUAUAUAGGAACUCAAAAACUACCUCUUAAUGCAAAACUAGAUGAGAAUGAGAAUGCUUUAUUUUGGACAUGAUAAAAUAAAAGUAAUAAACAAACAAAAACAAAACAAAAAAAUUAGACAUACCAAUUAUAAUACUUGAGAUAACAGCAACAAUAUUUAAGACAAUAAUAGUAAUAAUAAUAAAUAUUAGAAUUUAUUCAUUGUGUCCAAAAAGGAGUAGGAUGAAGCAUUUGCUUAUUAAAACCUACCCCCCUUUUCUAUUCCUCAAUAAUAUCAGUCCGCCCUAUUUAAUUAGGCCUCAUAUCAACAAAGAAAUAAUGCAACCAUAUACAUAAGAUGCAAGACAAAAUAAAAAUAAAAUGAAAUAAAAAGUACCAGCCAAUAACAGAUAUGUGAAAACCCCCUAUAUUAUAACCCUUCCUCUUCCCUAUACCCUGUGAAAACCAUGUGUUUGUACCACUUCCUAAACUGGGUCAUGCUUGGACAUUGCUUGAGCCCCUCAUCUAACUUAUUCCACUGCUUUACUCCACGAACAGAAACACAAAAGCUUUUUAAUGUAGUCCGCACUCUCUGAUGCUGUAAGUGAAGCUCCCCUCUCAAACUGUAAUGACCUUCUCUGUUAGAAAACAACUUCUGUAUAUUGCCAGGAAGUAACAUGUGGAUGACCUCAUACAUGAGCUGAGCUGUUUGAAAAUGAACCAAGUCCGUGAGUUUUAAAGUUCUGGAUUUUAAAAAUAAUAUAUUAGUAUGAUCCCUAUAACCAGCAUUAUGUAUUAUUUGUAUGGCUCUUUUUUGCAAAAUGGAUAGUGAAUUUAUUGUACAUUUAUAAGUAUUACCCCAGAGCAGUAAAGAAUGUGGAGUGAUUUAUUAUCAAGAAUGUGUUUUGCUUUAUUCAGAACUGAAAUGCUUCUUGCUAAUUUACUUUGUAUAUGUUUUACAUGAGCUUUCCAGUUAACCUUGUCAUCAAUUACAACGCCAAGAAACUUAUUUUCAUGGACCCUUUCAAUAUUCACCCCAUCUAUCUGUAUCUGUACUAGACUAGAUUUAUUGUGGCUGCUAAAUAACAUAAAUUUAGUUUUACUUAAGUUCAAUGAUAAUUUGUUUCUAUCAAACCAUGCUUUCAGUUUACAAAUCUCAUCAGAAACCCUCCCCAGGAGUUCAUGUAAGUCCCCCCAAGAGCAAAAGAUUGUUAUGAUCGUGGGCUGAGAACCCUCAAAACAGGCACGAGAGAUAACGAGGAUCUGAGUUUAUUGUAGCAGCAGUUUAUUGUUCACAGGGCUGUGGAGUCUGGCGUGAAGAUUCCGGGCAAAGGUACCAAUAACAAGAGGCGUAGGCAAGAUCCUGGAACAAAGCAAAUAAGUCGAUGAUCAGUUGAGUCCACAUAGAAAUAUUCAAAACGUGAGCGGGCACUAACAGUGAACUGAAAGAGGCGAUCCAGCGACGUGGUGGAGCUCUGGCUGGCUUAUGUAGGCUGUUAAUGAUGAUUGCAGACAGCUGCCAACGCUCCACCCGUCAGGUGCUGAUCCUAAUUGAAUGACAGACACUUGCCUAGCCCGGGGCGUGACAAAGAUACUUGUGUUAUCUGCAAAAAAAAAAAACUAAUUUUAGUUUGCUUGAAACUUUGUAUAUGUCAUUUAUGUAAAGAAUAAACAGUUUUGGACCUAACACUGAACCCUGAGGGACGCCACAAGCAAUCUCCAAGCAUGAUGAUGCAUAGUCACCCAACUUCACAAAAUAGAUAAUGAUGAAUGCUCUGGGGCUUGCAACUGCCCUUUGCUCUGGAGUUAAUAUGAUGGUCUGCAAUUUAAUCUUCCAAAGGCAAUAUAGUCAAACAGUCGUACAGUACUUGUAAAACUGAUACAGCCCACAGGCAUAUCUGCACUCAACAUAAUUGCCUAAAUUAGUCACUUGAUGCCAGUCAGAGAUUAUCGGGUGCAUAAAGUUGCUGAUACUCACUAAAUCAGAUGUAUAUGCAUAAUAUUUUUCAAAUGGCAGAACUCCCAACAGUUCAGAGUCAAGAUAAACAGUGGCAGUAAAGUCCAAUUGAUGUCAUUCAAUCAGGUAGUCAGAUCACAAGGUCAAAGAGGGCUCUUGUACGUCCCCUAAAACUUGUUAGGUGGAUACACUGUAGGGCCUGUUGAUGACUGCCUCCUCACCUCAAGUAAGCUUGAUAGCUCACUAGAGGGAUCGAGUGCAUGAAUGCCCACUGAUGUCAUGAGCACCAGAGGCUCCAGGGUCUAAAUAAAUGAAAUUACAGCAACUGGUCCAGAAUCCUUCACAUCAGCCUGCUGUUUUAUGCUGAAAGCCAAUAAUGGACUGUCUUCGUUUUGAAGUGUUUUAUUUCACAGUGUUUUAAGAAAAUGCCAGCAUGAAUUAACAUGCGCUCUGGAAGUGUUUUAUCCUCUCAAUUAUUUAUUCCGUGUGUGCUAUUUAUUGUAAGCUGUCAAACUAUCAAGGAUGCGCUGACACUUGAUUUCUAGUUAAAAAGAAAACAGACAGUCUGUCUUCAUGUUAACCCUACAAUACAGUUUUAAGUGUAACUGAUAAUUCAGUCAAAGCAUCUGCUGUAAUUUAUAAAAAAAACUGUACUUUCAUGGGUGGAAAGGCAAGCAUGUAUAUUAUUGGGGAGGGGGGUGGAUGUGUGUGGCUGUAUUAUACUUCAUGUGUGAUGUUCAGUGUCAUUAAAAUAUGUUCGGCA